CAAGUUUUGACAGCUAACAACAAAAAUGCAGCAAAUGACUAGAAACAGCAGGAAUUAAGACAACGAUAGACGAUUUACUUGUUUGAUGCAUGGAAAAUGUCUAUCACACGCGUUUUAAGACGUUCACAGACUUUCAAUGUCAAAAAUGGUCAGCAAGACGAGAUGAAAACCCGACGAACUGACGAAACUACAUUUCCAUGAACAAAAUUCGCGUUUCCGACUAUUGUAUUACGCGUUUUUAGCUCUCCUUUUUCGAAUGCUCAAGUCCGUUUUCGUCUAUCGUACAGGCAAAACGUGUUCAAUCAUAUUUUUUUUUUUUUUCCAACAAUUUGCUUCUUCAUCCGUCUCUUGCAACACUUCAGAACGUUCGUGUUCAAUCCUCCUUAUCUCCAUCAUUGCUAUCUACUCCUUCUCCCUCAUCCACGUUUACCGCGUUUAUUUUUCUCAGGCAGUACGGGUGUUUUCAGUUUAACGGGCAAAACAAUUCAACCCUCUACCACAUACAAAACAUGGCUACCCGGUAUCGCGUUGAAUACGCAUUAAAGGUUCACCGCAAGGACAAUUUCAUUGAGUGGAUCAAGGGUCUUUUGGCAGUUCCCUUCACGCUUCAGACAGGACAUUUCGCCGAUAAAUAUGAAGCUACAAAACACGCAAAUGAGACCUUAAAGCGUUACGCUACUGUCCUCCGCGAUGUCGAAUAUUUGAUUAACAGCCACAUUGAACAUAUCCGCCAAUUUGGCGAGAGAGGUUCUAGUCGACUUAAAAUGUUAGUUCCUAGCAUUACUAAUUUUUGGACGCCCUUGCCGCUGGAACGGGCUAUGUACAUUUUGGAGCCACGUCUGUGUUUGGCAAAGCGUCGAUUUGUUGCUCCAAGUUUUAAUGAUGUUCGUUACCUUCUGGGUGCUGCCCAGCUGCUUUACUUGGCAGAAAACGGUCUUGACAUGGUUACGUUCGAUGGUGAUGUAACGUUGUAUGAAGAUGGUCAGCCUCUCAUUUCGAACAACCCGGUCAUUUCUCGUCUGCUGCAUCUUUUGAGAGAGGACAAAUUUGUCACUAUUCUUACAGCUGCCGGCUAUCCCAGCGUAACGGGACGUGAGUACUCUGAUCGCUUCUCGGGCCUUUUGAGUGCCGUAGAAGACAGCGAUUUGACCGAUGUACAGAAAAAACGCCUGCAUGUGCUGGGAGGCGAGAGCAAUUACUUGUUCCGUUACGAGCCUUCCUCCGGUUUGACAUGGAUUGAGCCGGAAGAAUGGAGCUUGCCACAAAUGUUGACGUGGUCUCGCGAGGACUGUCAACGAAUCCUAGAUGUUGCCGAGCUCUGUUUCAAAAAGUGUAUUGAGGCACUCAAUAUGGAUGCAGUGCUUGUCCGCAAAGAGCGUUCCGUUGGUCUUGUUCCCAAGCCCGGUCACACCUUCCGUCGUGAACAGCUGGAGGAGGCUGUUCUGGACACGCAAAGCAACCUUCUUAUGGAAAACUUCAGCAUUCCGUUUACCGCCUUCAACGGCGGUAAUGACAUUUGGUGCGACAUCGGCGACAAAAAGCUGGGCGUGCAGUGCUUGCAAGCGUACUUUGGCGUGCCUGAGUCUUCUCGUUGUCUGCACGUUGGUGAUCAGUUUUUGUCUGUUGGUCAUAACGAUUACAAGGCGCGUGCCGCAGCUACUACUGUGUGGGUAUCGAGCCCAACAGAGACGAUUGAGAUGCUCGACUACUACUUUUGCUUUCUCGACAAGAAGCGUUCAGGCGAUUCUUUGUUGAAAAAGCAUGAUUAAAGUUCGUAAGAACAAGGACAAGGACAAGCAGUCGUCUCGUUGGGGAGACAGAAACGAACCCGAAUCAUACACCGUGCACUCUUUUACCGUGAAUCCUUACGUUUUUCAGUUUCGCUUCAGCGUUUCUUCCAAAUCAUAUACCCACCAUUCGUAUUAACCAGGAAAUAUAAUGUACGAGACGAGCCCUGGACUCGAGCCAGGUGAACAGAAUUACAGGGUGUGCAAGCGACACUAUGCGAUGCAGUGUGCAAGUCAGACCGUCGUUCUAACUACGCAGUUUGACCAGAAGCCGAAGCAUUCUUGUUUUGAUUUUGGAAGCGCUCUCUAGCCUUGCUGAGUAGCUCUUCUUGUUGACGCAGCAGUUCGUCUCGGGACACGCCUGAUUGUUCAAACUUGCUUGUUUUCUUUUCACGAUUCUGUAACAUUGUUAGCAGGGUAAAUUUACUAGGGAUUGUUUUCUGUGACGCGUUGUCCGUCCAGCGUAUUGUCAUUUCGCCAUGAAUGUAUUCUGGAGAACUGUACCACUGGAUGACUGUUCUCCUCCGUCUCCGUCUCCGUCUCCAUCUUUCCCUCACCUUUUGUUGUUCCUUAUGGUCGGCAGCGACACCCACAAUUUCGUCAAUGUACUCCUUGAACUCGAGGUUUUGAAGAGCUUUGAUGAUGUGUUCUGCUGCAAUCGUUUUCUUGGCCUCUUUUUCACAAAUUUCGUUUGCUUCACUGGAAACAAGAUGAAUGAAUUCCACACAACAUUCAAUUAAUAAAUCUCUUGUUUCUUUCGUAAACAUCAAGUCCGAAGGCAACAUUUCGGAAACCAAUUUUUGAACCGUCGCUGCGUCAAACCGUUAGCAUCGUCGCUCAAGAGAAGUCGUUACGCACCUUUGGGAAGCGAAAGCUCGUCGUCCGUAAAGCCUUCACUCAUUUUUGGAUUCGUCGUUUUCACGGUGUGCUGGUCACUUUUAUGUUGCGAGCGGGAGGGAGCAGGAGGGAGCGGGAACGCGCAGCAGGGCAGGGUGCGGUAAAUGUUUUAAAGGGGGCAAACGUGACGCGUAAAUGAAAUAAAACACUGCAGAGUACUGCGGUAUACUUGUUACUGAUGC